AUGGAUCUGAAGAAAAGAGAAGAUGAAGAGGGAAAAACUAUGAUUUUGCAACAGCAGUUGGAGGAUGCCCAAAAGAAGAAUUUUGAAUUUGCGUUAACCAUUGAGGAGCUCUCAACAGAAAUAGAUUGCCUUAAGAGAAAGAUUUUUGAGGUUGAGGGGAAGGUUAGAGAGAGGGAAGAGGGCUUGUUAAGAAGGAUUGAAGAUGGGAUUUGUGAAAGAGAGUGUUUGGAGUUGGAAAUUUAUGAAGGUGUAAGAGAAAGAGAGGAAUUGGUGGGGAAAAUAGAUUUAGGUAUGAGAGAAAAUAAGAGAUUAUUGAUGGAAAAUGAUGUAUUUAAGGGAAAAAAUGAGGAAUUUGAGAAGAAUUUAUUAAGGGGUUUGAGUGUUCUUUGUUUGAUCAAAGAGUGUUUGAUGAGGGUUGAUGAUAGUUUUGAUAAGAAAGAAUUGGAAAACAUGAAGGAAACAAUGUCUAAUUUUGAGGGGAAUAUGAAAGAUUGUAGAGAAAUGGAGGAAUUCAUUAGAGAGUUGAAUUCUGUAUUGAGGAUGGUGAGAAGGGUUGAGGAGGUAUUGGGUGAUUAUAGAGGAAAAGAAGUUUUGUUUAGGGAGAUUAGGGCUUAUAAGAAGAGAAUUAAGGAAUUAGAGGAGAGUUUGAUGAAGGGUUUUAAGGUUCUUGACUUGAUUAAGGACUCCUUGUUGACAAUUAAUGAAUCCUUAGAUGAAAACAAAGUGCAAUUUGAGCUUGAUCAUGAAUGUGAUGAUUUAGAAGAAAAGUUGUUGAAUUUUGAUAAUUCAAAAGGAUCGGUGGAAGUUAUAAAUGCUUAUUUUAAAAAAUUGGAAUUUGUUAUAACAAUGGCGAAAAGGGUUGCAGAAAAGAUGAAUGAUUAUCAAGAGAAGGUGAAAAAAGAAAAAAAGGAACUUGAACGAAGUAUGAUGAGUUUAACCGAAGAGAAUCAAGAUUUUAGCUCCUUGCUUCGGAUCGCAUUGAUAGAGAAGGAAGCGGUAGAGAAGACUGUUAGACAGUUGAAGGGUAGCAAUGAGCAAAGGAGAGCCCCCUUGUUACAGUUUGCUGAGAGAGGUUUGCAAAGAGUUGGGUUCGGUUUUAUAGUUGGAGGAUCUUCCAAUGAGCAAUGCAAGGAUCAAAACAAAACUUCUGAUCAAAUUUCAGAUGGUGUAGUGUCUGAUGUUAGCAGUGAAUAUGAAGAGGAAGUUGUUGAUUUGGCUUCAACUAUGGAGAAAAUGAUAAAGAACACACGCCUCGAAAUCACUCAAUUAAGGAUAGAGUUGGAGGAAUCCAGGUCAGACACUGAGCGAUUGCAGCGUCUGACAGAGAAACAAACUCAUCAGAUCCGUGAGCUAACAGUAUACAUCAAUGAGUUGGAAGAUCAAGAGAGAAUUUGGACACGAAAUGUUGAGGAACUCAACAUCGAAUUAAAAGAAACAGAAGCGGAGGCUGAUAGAUGGAGACAAGCCUGUGAAAUGGAAGUAGAAGCCGGAAAGUGUAUUGCUCAGGAGCAUAACAAACUGGUUGACAUUUUGAAACAUGAGUUGGAGAAGACAAGGGCAGCUCUGCAAGUGUCAGACAAGAGGUUAAAGUCAAAGGAAGAAUUAGCUGCUGCUGCAAUAGUAGCUCAAGCAGCCGCGGAGAGGUCACUUCAGCUUGCAGACAGAAGGUGUGCUGGACUUCAUCAACGGAUUGAAGACCUCACAAGACAAAUUGAUGAGAUCGAAAAUAGAGAGAAGCAUAGGAAACGCAGAAGGAGACGAGUAUGCUGGCCGUGGCAAGCGCUUUAUCCAGCAAAUACUGCUAGUAAUGUAAGACGUGUACUUCCAGAAAUGCAAGCCUUUCUUCGAUAA